CCAAUUAUACAUCAGCAGUUAUGUUACAGUAGUUGCGAGGGUCCGGCUGGUUUGUUAUUUGAUUAAGUGGUUAUUGACGUUAGAAGGGAAAUUUCUAAAUUAAUCCCUGACAUUCGGAUUGUUAAGUGUGUUAUGUGAUAACUCCAAGUUACUAGUGAAUCUGUUCUAUUUCUUCUCCGUGCUCCACCCUCUUUAGUCCGAAAAAAUGCCUGCGCCUGCUGCUGCUGAAAAUGGAGCGCCCAGGACGGAACUGCAAGAGCUCCAGCUCAAAGCUGGGCAAGUUACAGAUGAGUCCCUGGAAAGCACAAGGCGUAUGUUGGCUCUCUGCGAAGAGAGUCACGAAGUUGGCAUGAAGACCCUGGUCAUGCUGGAUGAACAGGGCGAACAAUUGGACCGGAUCGAGGAUGGAAUGGACCAGAUCAACACCGAUAUGCGAGAGGCUGAAAAGAAUUUGACUGGAAUGGAAAAAUGCUGUGGCCUUUGUGUGUUACCAUGUCAAAAGGGCUCAUCGUUCAAAGAAGACGAAGGAACGUGGAAGGGCAACGACGACGGAAAAGUCGUCAACAACCAACCCCAACGAAUGAUGGACGAUCGGAACGGAAUGGGCCCUCAAGGCGGAUACAUCGGCAGGAUCACGAACGACGCGCGAGAGGACGAAAUGGAAGAAAACGUCGGCCAAGUCAACACCAUGAUCGGUAAUCUGCGUAACAUGGCUAUCGAUAUGGGUUCGGAGUUGGAAAAUCAAAAUAGGCAAAUCGAUCGUAUCAAUCUCAAGGGUGAAAGCAACGAAACUCGCAUUGCAGUCGCCAACCAGCGUGCCAACAAACUACUUAAGUCCUAAACAGAGAGGGAGUGGUGGGGGAUGAUACAAGUCGUCUUUUAUACUUCUUUCUCAAUUCUAGGUGUUAUUCGGCUUGAUCAAAUAAUAGUUUGCACUUAUAUUUCAUCUAGUAUUAUAUCCGUAUGUGAGAUAUGGCGCAAGAUGUGUGGUAAAAUGAGAAUACAUCGCUGGAUCUAGAAUUUGUUGUACUGGAUCGGGACUGAUGAGCGAGAGAUAGACUUUAAGAUGCUAAUGUAACUUAUACUCUUCAAUAUCAUUGUAUACAUGUAUAUACACCAUUAAAAAAUAUACUGGGUUGCUGAAAACAUUUGAUUUUAAUAUAAAUUGUAGUAAAUUACCCAAGAGACAUAAAUUUGACUGAUCUAUCACAAAGAAUGUUGCCAACAUUAACCUGGUAAAAAAAAAUUCCCUAAAACUGCUGUCACAGUUUUCGAACACGAAUUUUCUAGGAUAUUUGUGUUAUUUGGUUAUUAAAAACAAAAUGAUAUAUUUAGCAAGUAAUAAGAGUUGAAGCCAACGAGUACAUUAGAUGGUGAUGUAAAGUAAAUAAAAAUCACACAAAAUUGCAGAUUGUUUACAAGGGAUUCUAAGAUUCUUAAAAAUUACAAACAUGAAGUAUAAAGAGAAGAAAUAAAUAACAAAGAACAUAACGUGGACAAUAAAGGAAAGCUGUAUACUGGUUGAUGAAUCGUCAAUCGGGCCAUAGGAAACUUGAUGGGAAAUUCUAAAUUAUUUAUUUCAUGUUUCCCUAACUAUUUUACAUCAAAAGUCAUGAGAUACUAUUUGUGAAGGACCUAAAUCUGUAUUGAAAACACAUGUUAAAAUUGUUCUUCGAAUUAAACACAGAUUGCAAAAAUGUAAUACAUUUGCCAGAGUUAGGCCACACGUAAAGCAAUGUGUAUAACGGGUUGCGUUCUUAUGCUAAAUAAAGCACUGACAGUGCGCGCACUAUUGUCUGAGUAAAACAUCUUCAUUAUUGCUAUUUUCCCCUCAAGUGAGUUCAUUUUAUAAAAUAAAAAUAUUGAAAAUAGAAAUUAAUAUUGUUAAUAUCUUAAUUCAUUGUGAGCAAGCGCAACCCAUUAUACACAUUCUGCAGUGCGUGUGGCCUAACUUUGACAAUAAUACUCUGGCAAAUGUUUUAUAUUUUUGCAAAAUUUUGGAAUGUUUUUAAUUCGUAGAACAAUUUUAACAUUUGUUUUCAAUAUGGAUUUCAGUACUGUACAAAUAGUAUCUCAUGACUUUUGAUGUCAAAUAAUUAGGGAAGUACGAAUUCAACCGAACUCAGAUUCACCACCUAAGAGAUAUCAUACACAGUGUCCUCGUUUUUAUUACUCGAUUUUAAAACCGGAUUCUCUGACAAUCGUGAUAACCUGAAAUAUGUAGUCAUGACGUCACAUAUUUACGACCCAUUAACGUGCUUUUUAUUGGCGGGAAGCCAGCGUAUUAUAUAUUCAAGGUGGAUUUACCUUCUAGAGACUAUUUAUUUAUUAUGACUGAAAAUACGUGUCUAUACUUACAAACAAAAUCAAGCCAUGUUAGAAUCGAAUAAAAAAUUCCAGUAUAUUUCAUUAAUGGUGUUGUAUUAGGUUUGUUCCAACACAACGAAAAACCGCCAUGUAACGAUCACGUUACUGUAAAAUAAUACGUUCCAUGGGUUAUUUUGUUUACUGGGCAGGACGGUGAUCGUUACAUGGCGGUUUUUCGUUGUGUUGGAACAAACCUAUUGUCGUAUAGUUUCAUUUUAUGGAUACGAAAUUAUCGAUAGUACAGUUGAUAAUCGAUAUUUGACAAUCGAGAAGCAUCGAUAUAUUUUAAGCGCUUUAUUCAAUCACAAAGACAAACGUUAAUAGGUUUGUUCCAACCCGUCAUAUUACCGUUCUUGAAUCGUUACGCGCAUGCACAAUAACGUAAAAUUAUGCGCAGUAACACAUUUUUCGUUACUACAAACCUCAUAUAACACGUAUGUCCAGAACUUAUAGCCAGAGAUAAGAUUUGUGCUUAAUAACUCAAAUAGCUAUCGGAACCAGAGUUGAAACUUAAAUUCCUAGUUGUACACUGAUCCUUAUCUAGGUUGCUAAAAUCGUGAUUAAAUAUUUAAUGCAAUAAAUAAUAGCACGAUUUAUCUACUAGAAUUGUCGAUUCUUUCGUAUCUAAUUCAUAUUCAUUGAAAACCUCAUUUUUACUGUGAUAUCUACUUCUUCCAUUCAUUUUUACUUAUGUUAAGUGUAUCUACUAAAAGAAGAAACGAAUAUGUUCAUAAAUAUGUAAGUACUUGCGUUAAUUUUGGGAAAAACAAAAUUUUUUCACAGAUAAAAAUAAAACUUUGGUAUCAUGUAUGGAAACCAAGAUAUAGAUGAAUAAUGCUUUGUUUCACAAGACUGAUGUUUAAUACUGUUUAAUUAAGUAUUUUUAAAUGCAAGUAUAAACGUAUUUGUGAAUGUUCUUUUCAAUAUAAUGACUCUUCAUCGAUUUUACGAAAAAUGUGUACCUGAGAUCCCAAUACCAGUACAACAACUUUAAGUCCAGUGUCUUCCUGGUAAUUUUACUUAGUACCAAUACAAUUUUUAUACUUCUUUGCACAAACUGUUGCUUUUACCACAUUUCUUUAAACACACGAUCGAGACCGUUUCAAAUAUUUGUUCAAUAUUUCAAACGUUGCAUGUUAUGUCCAGAUUUUGCGAAAAUUUAUUCAAGGAUAAGUAAUGGCUUUAUAUUAAAAAUGUUUUUGAUACGAUUAUUAGCCAGGCUUUUUUACUUAGCUGAUCCUUGUUUAACUUUUUCAUAAAUUUUACUUCACUGUAAAUGUAGUCAUAAUAUCCCUGUAAUAAAAGUGGUAUCAUUGAACGUACAUUGGUCAAACGUAGCAAUAGCUGAAUAACUUUAAAGAAAUCAAUAAUCCUUACGUGAAAUUUCGCAUAGAACAUAACAGUUGAUGUGAAAUACAAGAGAUAACUAAAAGAGGAUUGCUUCAAGACAAAGUAGUAUUACUGAACGUACUUAGUGAAACACAGCAAUUACUUAACAAAUAUCAGAAUAGGGCUUUUCAUUCACAGUCAUUUGUUUCGAGCUUCUGUCAAAUGUCGUAUAAUCUGUGUAUAGUAAUAUUAUACACAGGCUAUACAACAUAUGACAGAAGCUCGAAACAAAUGACAAUCGAUGAAAAGCCCUAUACGUGUAAUGUGAUAUUUGACGUAGUACGUGAAAUUUCGCGUAGAACGUGACAGUUGACAUGAAAUGCCACAUUCCGUGAUAGGAAACAAACGUAUUGUUUGACACUCAAAGACGUAUUUAAAAAGUAGACCCGAAAAUAUGAGUAGGGCUAAAAUUCAUGAGAUAUCGUUCUCAUAAUUACUAAGAAUGUAGAACCUUAAUAAGUUACAUAAUUCAAAAUGUAGACUACUUCCUUAUUAGAACAAGAUGGGAGACUUCAAGCUUGACACGUCCUUAAAAGUUCAGUCGGUAAGAGAAAAUAUAAGUAAGAGAACAACAAAUCACCUAUGAACUAAAUAGAACUGCGAAAGAUGAAAGAAUCAAGUCGAAAAUUAACAUAAAACUGUACAGAUUAGUCAAAUGGGAGGUAUCACAAAGUGACAGAACUUUAGGAAGACCUUGCGCAAUGUACCAGCUGUACUUCCUCUUGCAUUCUUGCAGCAGAUUAAAAAAUCUACUGAUCUGUAUCUUUUGACCACACACAUGAUGAAAGAAUAAAGAAAUAAGUAAAUGUAUCAAAGAGCUUCUCAAUAUUAUGCUUACCUUUACAUUGAAGUCAUUACUAUUAGCUCUAAUAUUUAAUGAUGAAGUUACUUUAUAUUUUGUGAGAUAAAACGUUAAAAAACUAGUACUCACCAGCUCAUUAAAGUAUAUUAAAAUAAACCACGUCAGUAUCUAUUUGAUAUUUAUUGUUAAAACUUACGUUCUUAAAAAUUUACAAUGUAGGAGAUGUUUUGUAAUAGAAAAUAUAUCAAUAUAGGGUUAUUCAUCGCCGCCAUUUUUUUUUCUAAAAAUUGAACAAUGACGUAUAAUAUAUGGAUGCCUCAGAAGUCAAACGGUGUAAGUCACAUUCUCCCAAAAAAUGACUUAUGAGAUAUAACACUUAUUGUUAUAUAUAAUAAUAUUAUUAUUUCCUUGUUUGUAUUUAUGAAUAUGUUACCCAUAUUAUGACAAAUAAAGACAUUUUAUUUGUUUUUAAUAACUACUUAUACAUAUUUCUGCAACUAUUGUCAGAAACAUCUUAGUAUCUCAUUUUAAACACUUAUUGACUUACACCGAUUGACUUCUGAGGUAUCGAUAUAUAUACACAAUACGUCAUAUGUCAUCGAUCAUACGUCAUACAAUUGAUGUCAUACGCCAUUUAUUGAUCAAGUGUUCGAAAAAGAAAAUGGUGGCAAUGAAUUGCCCUAUAUUUGUUAAAACUAGUCCCAUGAAAUGGAAACAAGUUGGAUUUUUUGUAGGAACUUGGAGAAGUAAAACGUGAACGUAGACUUGUAUAUUUUUAGAAAACUUUAAAAGAAGCUUGGUAAAGCUACAACGCGGUUUAUUUAGGCAUAUUAUGAAGUAACCUUUUUUUUUGUAUUCUCCCUUUCCUGCGUAUUUCACAUUGAUAUACAUUGAAAUGAUGAUAAACUUACCGUGUUAAGGUCAGCUGCAAUUCAGGAGCUAGUUAACCUAGUCAAAACGAAGACGAAUAAAGUCAAAAUUUAAAUAAAAUAUCGAAUAAGCCAUUUACCGAAAGAUUAAAUAAUUGUUGAGAAUAUUCAACAAAUGUUUAGGGUAAGCUAGAAGAAAGCAAUGGAUAUAUUAUUAAUGAACAGAAAACCAAACAGCGGGAGCUAAAAUUUGAUUUAUACACAGAACAAAUCUAAAUAUAACGUAUACAACAAGCAGAAAAAACGAGUGGGACAUUAGAAACAUUUCAAGUCACGAAAUAUGCAGCAAUGAAAGGAAAAUGGAGAGACAACAAAAAGGCCAAUUCCUAAUAUCACGAUUGUUGUAUUAAAUUACCGAAAAAUAUAUUCUCUAUUCACUUAUUUUUCCUUCAUGAGCUACCGUGUUGACAAAAUCCUAAUGUAAAUUUUUAAGAGCGGCUAUCUUGUAGUAAAAAUGGCUUAGAUAGUUAGCUAAAUCCUUAUAAUUUUAAACAUUUUUAAAAGUUUUGUUGUGGGGCAAAAAUAUGAGAUAUUAAAUUUAAAGCGAACACACUUUUUAGUAUAAGAAUAGUUGAGCAGUUGUAUUUUUGGUUCAAAUUUAAUAUUCCCGCUUACCUAGGGGAGUGCCAAAUGAAGUGUCAUGGGAUAGGGCUUUAAAAGUGGAGUAUAUUGGUCUUUACCGAUGGAAAGAUAGUAGAAAGGUAAACCAAAGUUUUGGUAAUCCACUCUAUAUCAAAUAUAUACCAUUUCAUGGUGAAGUCAUUUGACAGCGGCUGAGGGGCAAACAUCUUGUAAACAAAGUACGUUUAGUGCAGAAAACCAUUGUUUAAUUUAAAAAUGUGAUUAAAAUACCAGCUUUUUGUUCAGUUGUAAAGUGUUCCAGUAAAGGAAAAAGACAUAAAGUGAGUUUUUUUAGAAUACCAGCCGCAUUUAAAGAUCGAGAUGUUUUAAAUGCACUGUCAACGGAACGACGGGAGUUGUGGGUCAAGAAUACUGAUUUUUGCAUCCCCUGUGAGGAUGUCAUAAUAUCCAAUAUUUGACAUUUUUGUAGUUUAAACCACAGAAUUUUUAUAAUAAAACCAGAAAAUAGCAAAAAUAGCACUGAAAACACAAUAUUUGCCCCCUCAGCGACGCUGUCAAAGACACGUGACCUGGAAUGGUCAAUUACGGAACCUACCCUCACCUAAACUACAAAAUAUACAUUAAUUAAGGUAUAGCUCGAAACGGAACCUUGUAAAAAUGAAAAAAUAGCAAUUUUUAUAGAAAAUUUACACAUAAACUUGUAACAUCUUUAUAUAAUUGGUCUCUCGUCAUUGAUGUCUGGAUUUGUCGUCUGUAGCUGGUCCUCCGAUUUGGUAAGUUUUGGCGAAGAUAUGUAUUGUUGUCAGAAACAACCAAGUCCUCAAAUUGAUCAGAAAUUUAUAUUAAAAAGUAUCAAAAAUUCGAAAUCCUGUCAAAAAAAGUGAUUAUCGAAAAAUCAAUUUGUUGCUAUUGACUACAACCAUCGAAUACAACCGACCAUUGGUCCUGGCUUUGGUCGACUUUCGCAAAGCAUUUGAUACUAUAGAAAUUGACAGCAUAAUGAGAGCGUUGGAGAAAAGUCGUAUAGAUUAUCGGUACUCCAAACUGAUAGCGAACAUGUACAAUAAUGCAAGCAUGACCGUCCGAAUACAUAAAGAUACCAAAUCUAUAAAAAUCAAAAGAGAAAUUGGUCAGGGAGACACGUUAUCUCCCAAACUCUACGGCAGUACUUGAACAUGCUUUCAAACAGUUGAAGUGGGACGCCAAAGGAAUAAAUGUCGACGGCGAAAGGCUCUCCCACCUACGAUUCGCAGACGACAUAGUUCUUAUAACAGACAACUUAAAAGAGAUUAAGCUUACUGAGUUAGAUGGCGCCUGUAAUAAAGUUGGUUUAAACACAAAUUUUGAAAAGACACAAUACAUGACAAACCUGGUACCAAGCGAAAAUCCAAAAGUCGACUUCAACGAAAUAGCAUUGGUCCAUAAAUAUAAAUACUUAAGGCAUGAAAUCCAAAUUGCCAGAGACAAUCCAACUGCCGAACUACAAAGAAGAAUCACGUUAGCAUGGGCCGCAUAUGGAGCUCUAUCAGACAUCUUCAAGAGCAACAUGCGAAAUUAUUUGAAAAAGAAGCCGUUCGACCAAUGUGUGCUUCCAGUCAUGACUUACGGCGCCGAAACACUAUCGUUAACCCAGGCUACAGCAACCAAACUUGGAGUGGCCCAAAGAAGAAUGGAACGUUCACUACUUGGACUGACUCUCAGAGACAGAGUUAGAAACGAGGAAAUCAGAAGAAGGACAGGCGUCCAUAUGUCAUAGAGCGAAUAGCACGGCUGAAGUGGAAUUGGGCCAUGUAGCCAGAAUGAAGGACGGGAGGUGGACCCAAAAAUUACAGUGUUAAAGACCACGAGCAGAUAAAGAAGUAGAGGUAGACCGCCUACGCGAUGGACGACGUCAAAAGGGUUGCUGAGAAUUGGUUGCAGGAGCAUAGAGGUAUAUAUUAACAUAGAGUGAACCUACCUUCCGCGCUUCGUGACGACAAGAUCUCUUGGACUGGUUUGCGGUAUCUCUUUCUAGCACAUUGUAUCGAGAAGCUAAGAUGACAUUAAGUGUGAGUGUAGGCACGGAAGGGGAUGACUACUGUCGCAACUUUACUAUGCGUAAGAGUGAAACAGCACUAGGCCAAAUAAAAAAGAUGGUGUCGUCACUUCGCACUGAAUGACACUCUGUCUAUGAUAAUAUAUAAGUCUAUGUGCAGGAGGCCAAGAGCGACAGAACUGGAAGAAAUUAGGGGAGGUCUAUGUUCAACUUUGGAUGCAGAAAGCUGGAUGAUGAUGAUGAUGAUGAGGAGUUAUUGACUUCCUAUAGAGGGUCAUGUUAAAAUGUAUAAAUGGUACUACCCUUUGGUUUACCGCUUUUAAUUUGCAACUCAGGUUUUUCCAUGGGGUAACUAGAACAUCCAAUAGACAAUAUAGGCUCCUCGUUUCAUAAACUUUCUUCUGACACCAAUUAUAGCACACCUUAGGGGCGGAAAUACUAAUCUAAUCAUUUUUUUAGUAGUAUGUAUUUGUUUAAACUUAAGAAAUAUUCACUUAAGCAAUAAUACAUGUUGAGUCGUUUAGGUAUUUUUGCCCAACAGAAGAGGCACAAAAGAUGUCGGUCGUCUUGAACGUUAUUCUUCAAUAUUAUUGAUGUUACUAGUUCACGUUUUUGGCAGAAGAGUUGAAUGUAGACAUAGUUUACGUGUCACAUUGUUUAAAAAAAUAUUGACGUUAAGAAAUAAUAAAAAUUUGUUGAUAAAGUCCGUUAAAAGUUUGUUCGUUUACAUUUGUGUAAAUAAGAUGCAUUGUAAGUAAGUGUAUAUAUACGAUAGUGUACUAGUAACAUUACAUUCGUCUUGAAAUGAAUUCUUGAUGAUUGUACGUGGUUAAUACCGCCAUUUGAAGCGUCCACACCAAAUUACUUAUUUCAAGUGGGGGUAAUAAUUUGUUUUUUCCCAUGUUUUGGCACAAAUCAUCGAUUAGUAUAUUUCUGAUGUAUAUUAAGUAUAUUUUCAUGAUUGAAUAAGAAUAAUACUAAGACUACCAUAUAAAAUAUGAGCUAAUAAAACAAUGUGUGACGAUGAACCUUACGAAUAUUCAAACGGAUCUUAAUUUUUUUUAAAUAUAAAAAAUUGAUAAUAAAUAAUAAAAGUUGAUAAUGAAAAGUGAUAUAAUAGUAUAUUAUGCAACGAACAUUUAAGAUGGUCAUUUAUGAAGCUAGUAUGAGGGAUACGAAACGAGCCGCCUAGCGGCGAGUUUCGUAUAGAGUACCAGCUUCAUAAUGAUAAUUAAAUGCAAGUUCUUUUACUUAUUUUAAAAAUGGGCCUUUCUCCAACAAAAAAUCGUCAUAUUCCAAACAAUACCUUCAUUGUAUAAACCUAAAAAAUGACAGUUUUAUGCCAGGACAUCUGUUACUGAUUACUGUUAAACAGUAAAGAGAAAAUCGCCUAUUUUUUAGAUUGGAUCACAUUAUAGGUUCUCUUAGUUUAUUCUGUGGAUAUGGUAUUAUUCUUAUAACAGUCCUAAAAAUAUUUCUCUGAUUAUGUUAGGUAUACCAUUAACCUUUAUAGAGAACCUUUAAACGUAUUUAAAAAAUUACAACAAUGCUAAAUAUUUUUCUCCACUUACCAUUAUUUCCAUUCCCCACCUUAACAAUAAACAAAAUUUACACGAAAUAAGCCCAUGAAACUGCAAGUGAAGUUGGGUUAUAUAUAGAAAAUUACUGAAAUCCAAUAUAAACACCUAGAAGAACAAGAGUGAUUCAGCAUUAGGACGUUUAUUACUGAUCAUUUCUCUCGUAUAAUUCAAGAUAUAGAUAGCUACUUUUCUGUUUAUGACUUCUCCACAUGCUAUCAAACCAAACAAUGUUUUGGCUCUGGACCAGAACGACUUGAAUACCUGGAGUACAAAUUAAUAAAAAUCAUGGAGAUAAAUAUAAGCAGUGAUUAUAAAUUAAAUGUAAAUUUUAUAAAUUAAAUUUAAAUUUUAUAAAUUAAAUUUAAAUUUUAUAAAUUAAAUUUAAAUUUUAUAAAUUAAAUUUAAAUUUUAUAACUUAAAUUUAAAUUGUAUAAAUAAUAUUGAAAUUUUAUAAAUAAAAUUUUAAUUUUAUAAAUUAAAUUUAAAUUUUAUAAGUUAUAUUGAAAUUUUAUAAAUUAAAUUUGACGUUUAUAAAUCUAAAUUAAAUUUUGUUAAUGAAAUUAAAAUUUUCUAAAUAUACUUAAAUUUGAAAAUGUUUAAAGGUUCACUACUACACGAUAGAAAUAUACCUUGUUUUGGUUGAACCCAGAAUAAUGAUUGAUUCAAGGCAGUGAAGAAGCGAACAAAUCAUUUCUGUUAUGGUAAUAUUAAUAAUAUAUUUACUGUGAUUAGUCAUAUCCAAAUUUAAGAUCACGCCUUGUGGUGUGACUUUCUUCCAUUGUGAGUUAAGGGGUUAUUUGGAAGUUAGUACUUGUGUCAAUGUUCGAUCAAGUGGUUUUCAUUGUACUUAAGUACAAUGUUAUGAAAUUAAAAUGUAUUUACAACGCUUUAGUGUAUCUUUUUAUACUUUUGGUCUACGUGAGCUUAAAUCAUGAAGUUUUGGCGGAAAUAUUGUAAAAUAAGAUCAAAAAUCUGACAGGAGACACAAUGGUUUACUUGAGACGAAUCUGCAUCUCUCUAUAGGUACUAAGUUCAUUUCCAAGAUAAGCUUAGACGCCUGAUCGGUGGGUGUGAGGUAUCAUCACAUGUAUGUAUGUAUGUAUACAUACAUACAUACUUGUCGUAGUUUUCUAGUGUUGCUUUUGAAAACAUUUUUGGAGUAUAUAGUAAAUAGAAUAGGUGACAUUGUGUAACCUUGCCAUCCAACUCUAUAUUUAAAUUGCAUUUGUAAGUUCCUUUUUCAUGGUUUGUAUAAAUAAAGAAUUGUUUGAACGAUUUGUCGGACAUUGCUACGACUAGUAACUUCCUUUUUUUAUUUUAUGUACAGUGUUUAGAGCCUUGACUAUAAAAUAGUAUUGAUAAGAGUCAGGUGAUAUUAAAUUACUUAAGAAAAUGGAGGCUGUUUGCAUCUCAAAAUAUACUAAAGUAAAAUAGAUAUAAAUAAUGAAAUAAAUUCACAUUUUAGUAGACAUUAGAAAUGCUUGUACUUAGGUUUAGUGUCAUCAAAUGACUACAAUAUGGUAUUAUAUAUUUAUGUUCUAAUAACUUGUGCAUUAUUAUAGUGAUAACAGUAGUUGUUUGAGAUUAUAAUAAUAAAAUAUAUUACUGAUAAAA